GAUUUACUUUUCCAUGGUUCAGGUCAUCUACAUUAAUGUCUGCUGUAGUGUAAGAUUUCUAUUAUAAUCCAUCCAGCCAUGUAUUUUUACAUUAUGAAAUCUGUUAAGACUUAUAUAUGGUGAUGACUGACUUUAUAUUCUGUGCCUUUUCAACGAAAACGAAAAAGUGACUGCUGUGAAGGAAAACGUCAUUCAAACGUUCAGCACAAUAGUGUCAGAGAAACCAACCAUGCAAAAUAAAUAUAUACAUUUUGUAUUUUUUUUAAUCUUUGAUGGUUGCUAUAUUUAAAAUGUAUGAAUGUGUAGCCGAGUAUCUUACGUGGGCUAAAAUGUAUGAAAAUAAUUAAAAAUCACGGAAUCUUCUUUGAUUUGCAGUAUUGUUUUGUGGAUCAGUUUUAAGAGCUCUUUCUGUAUUAAAUAAACAGGCAUUCAGUGCUUGUACUAACAUAGUAGCUGUUAUUUCAUUGUAUUAGUAUUAAUAUAUGUAAUAUAAGUAUUAAUCUGAAAGCCUCCUGGCAGUCAAGAAAAGAUGCUGCAAGAGAUACAGCAGGCGCUGCGGCUGGUCGUGGUUUUAGGAAAACAAAGAAAACGGCGCGGGGUGAAUGCUGCAGGAGGCCUUUUGGUUCUUCUGUGGACGGAAACGGCGGCAAGCUCUCACCAUGUGAACUGCGCGGUUGCAGCCGCUGGGCCCUGGUUUGCAGGGAUUAAAAAGAACGAAGUCAGCCUGGUACUCGCAGAUUUGAAGGGGAGCUUGUUUCCCAGUCACAAACCGUGUCCUGAACCUGAGCCAGAGGAGCUGUGUGCCUUCACAGAGCUGCAUGGUCCCCUCAAACUGCUCCUGUCAUUUCAGAUGAAGGAUGUGAGAUCUUUCAGCCCAGAGUGGCAAACGCAUCUAGAUGCGUUCCUACACACUUUCAGUUUGGCGAAUGCAGAGAUUGAACUCUAUUUAAAAUUAAAAUGCAAUCAGAAGACUCUCCAACGAGUCUUCAGAGUGGAAAUCAAAUAUAAAGUUGCACCAUCUGUGAUUUUGGAUGUCACUUGCAAAACACAGCCUCCAGAGUGUGUGAGGAAAGGAUGCUGGUGUCAUGGAGGCCACCCUGUCCUUGGAAGCAGGUUACCACUCAUUAUUCCCCUGCAUGUCAUGGAUCAGGGCCUGUACGGGGAGCUCAGCAUUCAGCUUGUCACACUCCUCAGCCCGUGUAUUCUGCAGUACCCGAAUCUGGAAACCAAGCUCACUGAAUUACAAGUGUUUGUUUACAGCCCCAGUAACCUUCCCGUCAGAGGGUUGUCCACCUUCUUCCAGAUGUUGCCUGCUCAUCUGGACACUCAUGAACUGGGUGUGCGUGGCAUUCACUGCUUCUCUCUCAAAGAUUUUCUGUACAGCUGCAUUUACAAAAUACACUAUGAAAACUGGGAACAUGCAGAACGGGAGUCAAGCUCAGUUCAACAGAGUCUCCUGCUCUUCUUCUUCCUGCAGCACCGCGACCCUUUCAUCUCUCAGCUCUCUGAUCUCAUGGCUGCAGAGAGACUGAUAGAGCACCACCUGGAGGAUAUUCUAAGCAAUAACAAACAGGCACUGACAGCAGCAGUGCAGUCUGAGCUGAAGAACACGCUGAAAGCACAAAAUCACAGGACACAGGAGCAAGAGAAGCUGAAUUCUGCUGUCAAGGUGAUUCUCAAUUCAUCCAUCAGCAUUGUGAGCUCCAGCAGUAACAUGGAGUUCAGGAAUGCUUGUCUGAACAGCAUGAAGGUACGUGACACUCAUGAACUGUCGGUCUCCCUGUUUGAAUCGCUGAGGAGGGUGACAUCAUGGAAAUUCAAAUCCAAUGACAGCUGCUUCUCUGCUCAGACAGAACAACGUCCUGAGAGCGAUGUGCGCACCAGAACAGAAAUCUGACACCACCUGUGUAAAAACUGUGGAAACACUGGAUUGGCUAUUUUUGUUAUUUAAAUUGUGGUAGUGUGAUGGAAAUAGAUAUUAAAGCUUUAAUUGAAAUUUUAAUUUAAAAUUAUAAAUAAAAUUCAAAGUUGGGUGACAACUGGUGAUUUUUAUUUCUUCUUUGACUAAUCUGCAAAUCAUUUCAGUGAUCCCUCGGUCUGUUAGGCAUUAAGACCUGAUGAUGUCAUUAAAGGUUGUC